UUUUUUUUUUCUGUUGCAUUCACAAAGAUGUCUGGCAAGGAUCGUAUUCCCAUCUUCCCAACGCGCAUGGCGCUGACGACCAUGAAGAACCGCUUGAAAGGCGCUCAGAAGGGUCACUCGCUGCUCAAGAAGAAGGCCGACGCGCUGUCGCUGCGCUUCCGCUCGAUUCUCGGCGCCAUCAUCCGAAGCAAGGAGUCGAUGGGCGAGGUGAUGCGCCUCGCUUCGUUCUCGCUGGCGGAGGCCAAGUUCGUCGCCGGCGACUUUAGCCAUGGCGUGAUUGAGAGCGCCAAGGUGGCCAAGGUCCGCGUCCGCACCAAGACGGACAACGUUGCCGGUGUCAAGCUCCCGGUGUUUGAGCAGUACAUGGACAGCGUCGGCUCGACCUUUGAGCUCGCCGGUCUGAGCAAGGGUGGCCAGCACAUUGCCCGCACCCGCCUCAACUACAUUGAAGCCAUCAAGCUUCUCGUUGAGAUUGCCUCGCUCCAGACAACCUUCAUCACCCUCGACGAGGUCAUCAAGAUCACAAACCGCCGUGUGAACGCCAUCGAGCACGUCAUCAUCCCCCGCAUCGAAAACACCAUCUCGUACAUCAACUCCGAGUUGGACGAGAUGGAUCAUCCAAAAAGAAGAAAAAAGGCCAGCCGCGCUGCCUCCGAGGCCAAGGCCGCCCUGGCCAACGCCGCCACCAAGCUUGCCGAAGACCAGGCUGCUGAGGCCGCCUUCGCCCAAUCCAGCGCCGGCGCACCAGCUCCCGCCAAGCCCGCCAAGGGCAAGAAGGGCGACAAGGCCGCCGCCGCCGCUGCUGCUCCUGCUCCAAACUACGAUAUUCCAGAAGCCCUCCGCGAGGCCGCCACUGCACCAACAAAUCCCUUCGAGACCGACGCCCCUGCAGACACUAGCGCUGCGGACACUGGCAUGAUGAGCAACCCGUUCAUCACGCCAGAAGCGCAUGCGGGCCAGGAUAUCGUAUCGCAACAAGACCAGGACCUGCUGUUCUAA